UCGCCAAAACUGAUACCUAAUCUGCCAUCGCCGUACUCCACAAGACCUGCGUAACGCCGACAGGAGCCCUAACAGUUAUUGUAAUGCCCGCGCGCAUUAGGCCUUACACUAGGGUUACAGAAUCUUCACUUGGCUCUUCGGCUCGCGACACCGCGUGGCUAAGCGCUCCGUGCCAGUCGUAACAACAUUGGGUCACGUACAUUUACGCGGAACUCGCCGAAGUCUCUCAACGGACAGGUGCAGGAUAAGUGUAUUUGGAAAAACGACUGAGCGAGCAAGAGAAAGAGCAUCAAGCCGGGAGUCCUACUCAAGAAAAUAGACGGUGCACUGGAGGAAAUCAAUUAUGCCAUGAUUGUGUGGUGAGAUGUGAAGGAAAAUAGAAGCAUUUGUGAGACGGAGGGGAUGUAGUGGCAGGAAGAUACGAGAAAGUCAGGCGGAAGAUUCACAAUUCUCUUUCCGUUCCUUUCCUAAGGAGCGGAUAUUGGCAGAUUAAGGAAAGAGGUGCAGACAGGGACCGUGGGUUGAUUUAGGAGCUGCUGCUAUGCUACUGUCUGCUUGUUGCCUAUCAAGAGCUUCGUGCAUUUAAACGAGGAGGAUGAAUCAGGGAGGAGGGAGUGGGGGAGGAGGGGGAGGAGGAGGAGGGGGGGAUGGAGGGGGAGCAGGGGGGGAAGGGGGAGCAGGGGGAGGAGGGGGAGAAGGGGGAGGAGGGGGAGCAGGCGGAGGGGGGGGAGGAGGGGGGGAGGGGGAGCAGGGGGCGGAGGGGGAGGAGGGGGGAGAAGGGAAGGAGACAUUGUGGGCAUGGUGACAAAGGCGGUGAAUCUGGGGGCGAUGGGGAAAGAGGAUCUCAUUCGCGUGCACAGCCUCAUCACCAGGGCGCUGCACGGUCAGACUGGGGGAGCUACAGCCGGCACUGGAGCUACAGCCGGCACUGGGCCUACAGCUGAGGCAGCAGCUACAGCCGGCACUGGGGCUACAGCCGGCACUGGAGCUACAGCCGGUUCUGGAGCUACAGCAGCUACAGCUGUUACUGUAGCUACAGCUGGUACUGCAGCUACAGCUUCACCUCUCGCGCUCCUCCCCUCUUCUUCCUCCCCAUCCGCUCAUCCGUUGCUUCGCCUGCCAUCUGCCACCCCCUCCUCAACAGCCCCAUUCCAAACCCCCUCACACACCGUCCCGUUGCAUACUACUGCUGUGCCUGCUGCGCCUGCUGAGCCCACCUCAACUGCCCCAUCCCAAACCCCCUCACACGCCGUCCCUUUGCAUACUACUGCUGUGCUUGGUGUGCCUGCUGUGCCGGCUGCGCCCACCUCAACUGCCCCCUCCCAAACCCCAACGCGCACCAUAAUACUGCCUAUUACAGUCGUGUCUGCUGCUUAUACUUUCCCUCGGCCUCCUGCUGUUGGCGCUUCUCGUGCUGGCGCUUCUCGUGCCAGCCCUUCUGCUGUACGCCCUUCCCCUGCUGGCCCUUCCCCUGCUGCCCCCUCGUCUCGCCAAAGACCCUCGCGUGCGAAUAGGUCUACAACUCCCCGCCGUCCCUCCCAGGAGCGCUCGCCAUUGUCCCCCCUAGAAGCCUCCCAUGAAGCCUCGUUACAAGCCUUCCAGCAGGCAUCUGAACGCCUGCGACAAGCUAAUCCCACUCCCAGCACCAAUCCCCUCCAUCAGAUUGUCGUUUCUGCUCAGACCACCAACCCUUCCCACCAAACCCAACCCUUCCAUCAAACCAGCCUUUCCCCAGGAGCGAGUCCGCCUCACAACAGUCCAACUCAACCCACUCCUCCUCUUCUCACACUCCCUCGACCGACUCCCCCGCUACUUACACUCCCUCAGCCCACUCCCCCUCUACUCACACUCCCUCGACCCACUCCCCCUCAACCCACUCCACCUCACUCCACCCCCCCUCACUCCAUCCUCCCUGAACCCUCUCCCCCUCAACCCACACCCUCUCCACCCUCCCCCUCUCGAUCCACCCCCUCCCGGCCCUCCACCGCGUGGCCCUGCACCACCCGCUACUUCGGGGUCACCUGGUACCGCAACGGGUGGCAGGUAUUCCUCACAGCCACCAAGGCCGAGCAGCAGCAGUUUGGUAUCAGCACCCAGUGGUACUGCGGGAGGUGGCCUAAGGACCAGGUGGAGGAAGCAGCAGCAGCAGCAGAAGCAGCGCAUUUCGUGCUGAAGGGUGCGGGAUCGGGAGCAGGGAGCGAGGGGAGGAGCGGGGCGGCGGAGCGGGUGUAUUAUUUCCUGUCGGGGCGGGAUAAGGAGCGGUUGAGAGAGAUGGGGAAGGGUAAGGCGGCGGAAAUUAUCAAAAAGAAGCGGUGGGUGGUGUGGAGGGAGUGGCGGCCCUGGUGGGGGGAGGCGGAGGAAUUACAGGCCACUGCUGCCGCUGCUGCGGGGUUAGAAUUCGGGUCAGCAUCUACUGCGAUUCGUGAUGCUGUUGCAGCUGGAUUCCCAGUUAAAGCCCUUGCUCUUGCUGCCCGUGUUGCCCGUCCUGCCCGGAACCCUCGGUCUGUUUCUCGCCCUGCCCGUGCUGCCCGUCCUGUCCGAGUGCCCCGAGCUGCGGUCCGCGCUCGUGGCUCCACUGCUGCUGCUUCUCAACCGCCCGCUGCUUCUGCUCCGUCUGCUCCGUCUGCUCCUGCUACGCCGGAGCCCGCUCUAAGGGCGCCUCUCUCAAGUGCGGCUGCUGGUGCUGCUGGUGCUGGUGGUGCUACUGGUGCUGCUGGUGCUACUGGUGCUGCUGCUGGUGCUGCUGCUGGUGCUGCUGCUGGUGCAGCUGCUGGUGCUGCUGCUGGUGCUGCUACUGGUGCUGGUGCUGCUGCUCAUACGGGUGGCUCUCAGUCUCCUCUUGGACAAGAUAUGCAGCAGCAGGUUACUGAGGCUGACACAAAUCAGCAGCACCAGCACCAGCACCAGCAGCAGCAAUUGAGGGCUGACAUGAGUUGGCAGCAGCACCAACCGAUGCCAAAAUAUUUCGGUGUGACAUUCCGAUACAACAAGUGGGAAGUGCGGCUGUCGCUUUCUCCCGCGCACCAGAAACGGUUCGGCUUAAAGAUGCAUCUUUACUGUGCGCGGUGGGACAGGGAGCAGGGGGAGGAAGCUGCCGCAGCAGCCGAAGCAGCUCACUUCGUGAUGGAACGGCAGCAGAAGCGAGAGUACCGGUUUAUAACAGCAGAGGAUAGGGAGCGGUUGAAAGAGAUGGGGAUGGAUCGGGCAGUGGGGUUGAUUCUGCAGGGGAAGUGGAAGCAGUGGCGGGAGUGGCGACCUGGGCAGGAGGGGGAAGAGACAGGGGGCGAGGGGGGAGGAGGAGAAGGAGGAGGGGGAGCAGCGGGAGGAGGAUGGGGAGGAGGAGGGGGAUGGGAGGCGGGAGGAGGAUGGGGAGGAGGAAGGGGAGGAGGGGGGGGGGGAGGGAGAGGAGGAGGGGAGGAGGGGGAGGAGGGGGAGGGGGGGGAGGGGGAGGCGGAGGAUUGGAGCGGGAAGAGGAUGGUUGGGAGGAGGAUUGGGAGGAGGAUGAAACGGGGUCAGACGAGGGGGAGUAUCCAUGGGAGAGGGAGUAUGGAUGGGAGUUGGAAUACGAGUGGGAGCUCGGAGACUGGCGGGAGAACCAGCGGGAGAAGCGAAUAGUCUUUCUAGACAAUAGAGGUAGAUCAAUUAGACCAUAUAGACCAAUUUAGACCAGUUUCAUAGAAACGUACAAGGGGUGUAUCGUGUAUCCUCAAGUUUGGAGAAUCUAGAGCGGCAUACGAUGGGAGUUAAACAUGGGUGAUGUGAAAUGAUAGGAGUGGUAGGAAUGGUGGGAGGAGACGAGCAAGAAGCAAGGGGG